AUGGAAGCUGAAGAUGAUCAAGAAAAUAAUGGAUCUUGUGAAAAAGGUUUAUCUUCAAGUAACUUUAAGGUGAAGAUAAAUCUUAAGCUCAAGAAAAACAAAGAUGAAAGUUGCGGAGAUGAGGAUGUUCGUGAAGAGAAAAACUUGUUGUUGAUGAAGCAAAAGAAAGAUCAUAUAUGUUGUGAGUGUGGAAAAGAGUUUAGCUCAGGAAAAGCUUUAGGUGGACAUAUGAAAGAAGAAGAGAUAGGAGAUGUGGUAGUAAGUUGUGAAAUUUGUCAUAAGAAUUUUCCAUCUAAGAAAUCUUUAUUUGGACAUAUGAGAUGUCAUCCUGAUAGAGAAUGGAGAGGUAUGAAACCCCCUAGUAAAAAAAUAUCGAAAAAUAAGGGUUUUCGAGCUACUUUUGAGGAUGUGAAUGAGGGUUUUGAGGAUUGUUUUGCUAGUCUUCGAGAUGAAGAAGAAGAAGAAGGAGGAGGAAUUCAUUUUAAUGUGGUUGAACUACCUCCUUUGAAGGAUUGGGGUGCGAAGGAUAGACGAGGGAGAUCCCCUCUCAAGAGGAGUGUAAGUAGUACUAUAAUGGAUGAUGAUAAGGAGCUACAUGACGCGGUUCAACAGCUUAUAAGUUUAGUCAAUGGAGACGUGAACAAUAACAACAACAACAAUAAUAGGUCAGAGGUCAUGAUGAGUAGUAGCAAUUCAGUUGGUAGUGCUCCUAAAGAAGCUGCUUUUCGCGAUUUGAAGGAUAAAUCUAAGAAAAAGGGGGUUGUUGAUGGUACUAAAGAAAAGAAUCGCGAAGAAACCAAGAAGAGGAAGAGGGAGAAAGAGCUAGUCAAAUUGGAACCGGGCCAGGAUUUGGUCCACAGCCCAGUUCUCAAGAAAUCAGUGGAGGUCAAAUACAAAUGUAAUGAGUGUGGGAGGAUGUUUGCGACUCAUCAAGCACUAGGUGGUCACAGAUCGAGUCAUAACAAGUUCAAGAUCAGUAUUGAAAACACGAUCGAUGGAAUUAAGGAUGAAAAUAAAGAUGUUAAGACAACCUUGCCACAAACUGAUUCAGAUAUGCUUGAUGAAGAUGAUCAUGAUGUGUUGGAUAUGCCAUAG